UGGAACUACAGGCGCGCGCUACCACGCCCGGCUAAUUUUUUGAUUUACUAUUGCCGCAUUCGGCCCUCGGUGUUCAGGCCCACCGCAGGCAACGGGAAGGGCUUCCUGUCCAUGCAGAGCCUGGCGGCCCACAAGGGCCAGAAGCUGUGGCGCAGCAACGGCAGCCUGCACACGCUGGCCUGCCACCCGCCCCUCAGCCCGGGGCCGCAGGCCGGCCAGGCCCGGGCACAGCUGCUGCAUGCCCUCAGCCUGGACGAGGGCGGCCCCGAGCCCGAGCCCAGCCUGUCCGACUCCUCCAGCGGGGGCAGCUUUGGCCGCAGCCCAGGCACUGGCCCCAGCCCCUUCAGCUCUUCGCUGGGCCACAUUAGCCACCUCGGGGGCUCCCUGGACCGGGCCUCACGGGGCCCCACGGAGGCCGGGCCGCUGGCUGUGUUGAGCUGCCUGCCUGAGCCCCCGCCCCCCUACGAGUUCUCCUGCCCCGCUGCCGAAGAGGUGGUAGCUAUGCUGCCCGAGACCUGUGAGGACCUCAAGAGGGGCCUUGCCGGCGACGACGGCUCCGGCCCCUUCAUGCAGGUGAUGGGCGAGCGCCAGCGGCUGUGGCUGUCCGAGCUGAAGCGCCUGUACGUGGAGCGGCUGCACGAGGUGACCCAGAAGGCCGAGCGCAGCGAGCGCAACCUCCAGCUGCAGCUGUUCAUGGCCCAGCAGGAGCAGCGGCGUCUGCGCAAGGAGCUGCGGGCCCAGCAGGGCCUGGGUCCCGAGCCGCGGGCCCCCAGUGCCCUCCCGGAGGCCGAUCCGGGCCCGCGCCCAGAGGAGGAUGCGCGGUGGGAGGGCCCGGAGCACAGACCCCCUCGGGCAGUGCUGGCGGCAUCUCCCCACAUCCCGGAGAAGCUCGCCUUCUUGCUGGACUGGCGGCCUGCGCUGAGC